AUGUUUUGGCACCGUCUAUUGCAUGAUACAUUAUUUUUUGCGGACGCCGAGGAGUAUAUCUGUUCGCUGAGCAAAUGUACAGGAAUUGAGAGGAAUAAUGAAGCGGAUAAAAUGGACAUGGAAAUGGCGGAUUCGCAGGGUCAGAAUGCAGUGAAAUUUGAAGAUGACGAAGAAGCUUCCCGAUCAUCGGCAGAUUUGGGUGCAAUCAAAAAAUCGUUUGGAUUUGACGAAGAGGGACAUUUUCUUGGUUCCACAGAUACGUUGGACAAGCGGAAGAGACAAUCUGCAGUCACAUAUAUUCAACAGACAUACAAACCUCCAACUGUACCAAAAACUUUUGUGAGUGGUUCGACACCGGAAAAUCUUUCACAGCGAUAUUUGAAAUGGAAUCGUUAUGGUACAAUAGUCAGUCGAAGGAAAGAUGAUGACUCUAUAAUUGAGGUAAAUUCAUUUUUUUUCAAUAAAAUUUUACAUGUAGUAAAGGAUUUUUAUUAUAAGGGGGAACUAAAAAUAAUAGCGGUGCUGGAGUUCGUAAUUGACAGGUUUCCCAGUUGCACUGGCCAAAUCCUUGCAGUAAUGAUAAUUUUUAUAAUGAUAACAAUAACAAUAAUAAUAAGAAUAAUAAUUACAAUAAUAUCAUGGACAAUAGUAGUAAUAAUGAUACCAAGAAUAUCAAGACCGUUCAGGUUAUCAGUAGGAUUAUAG